GCAGGUUCACGCCAUCAGUAAAUUAGGACAUGGAUUGCCGUUCUAUAACCAGCUUGGCAAAACGGGGAAACUGAACGUCGCUGACUAAAUGAGAUAAAAGCGCGUGGUUUACGGUGGUUUCUGUUUGUCCAACAGGCAUAUCGGUAGUGCUACAAUAUCAGCGCAGAAGGACGAGGCCAGUGAUUACUGCAAAGCUUUUGCCUACCACGAAAUGGUCACGUCUAUUCUGGGAUUUCUUAUUCUGCCAAUAUGUCUUCAACAGUGUGGUUAUGUUCAGGGAACCAGGACAGAAUGUGAGCCGUCACAGUUCCAGUGUGGGAACGGGCGCUGCAUUCCCUCGGUGUGGCAGUGCGACGGGGAUGAGGACUGCUCUGACGGCAGUGACGAGACCACCUGUGUGAGGAAGACAUGCGCUGAAGCUGACUUUGUCUGCAACAACGGCCAAUGCGUCCCCAAGAGGUGGCACUGCGACGGGGAGCCGGACUGCGAGGAUGGGUCGGAUGAGAGCAUGGAAGUCUGCCACACACGGACCUGCCGGGUAAACGAGUUCAGCUGUGGAGCUGGGACGACCCAGUGCAUUCCGGUCUUCUGGAAGUGCGAUAGAGAGAAGGACUGCGAUAACGGUGAAGAUGAGAUCAACUGUGGUAACAUCACCUGCGCCCCGCUGGAGUUCACCUGCGCCAGCGGCCGCUGCAUCUCGCGCAACUUCGCCUGCAACGGCGAGGAUGACUGCGGGGACGGCAGCGAUGAGCUGGACUGCGCGCCCUCGUCCUGCGGGCCCGGCGAGUUCCAGUGCGGCAACGCCACCUGCAUCCCCGCCAGCUGGGUGUGCGACGACGACGUGGACUGCCAGGACCAGUCGGACGAGUCGCCCCGGCACUGCGGCCAGCGGCCCCCCACCCCGCCCACCCGCUGCCCCUCCAGCGAGACGCAGUGCGGCUCGGGCGAGUGCAUCCACCGCAAGUGGCGCUGCGACGGCGACCCGGACUGCAAGGACGGCAGCGACGAGGCCAACUGCCCUGUGCGGACCUGCAGGCCAGACCAGUUUAAGUGCGAUGACGGCAACUGUAUCCAUGGCAGCCGGCAGUGCAACGGGCUGCGGGACUGUGCGGAUGGCAGCGAUGAGAUGAACUGCAAGAACGUGACCCAGUGCAACGGCCCGGACAAGUUUAAGUGCAGGAGCGGGGAGUGCAUCGAGAUGAGCAGAGUGUGCAACAAGAACCGCGACUGCCCAGACUGGAGUGAUGAACCCCUCAGGGAGUGCAAUCUGAAUGAAUGUCUGCUCAACAAUGGGGGCUGUUCCCAUAUCUGUCGGGACAGGGUCAUUGGCUACGAGUGUGACUGCACCCCCGGGCUGCAGCUCAUCGACCGCAAGACCUGUGGAGAUAUCAAUGAGUGCCUGAACCCUGGGAUUUGUAGUCAGAUCUGCAUAAACCUGAAAGGGGGGUACAAGUGUGAGUGCCACAGUGGAUAUCAGAUGGACCCUACCACUGGCGUGUGUAAAGCAGUCGGCAAAGAGCCGUGCCUCAUCUUCACCAACCGGAGAGACAUCCGUAAGCUGGGCCUGGAGCGGAUGGAGUACACCCAGAUCGUGGAGCAGCUGCGUAACACCGUCGCCCUUGACGCGGACUUCACCCAGCAGAAGAUCUUCUGGGCUGACCUGGGGCAGAAGGCCAUCUACAGCACUGUCCUGGACAAGCGGGAUGAGGAGAACAGCCAUACCAAAGUGAUCGAUAACGUGCAGACGCCCGUGGGCAUUGCGGUAGACUGGAUCUACAAGAACCUCUACUGGUCUGACCUGGGCGCAAAGACCAUCACUGUGGCAGACUUCAGUGGCACCAAGAGGAAGGUUCUGUUCAACAGCGGACUGAAGGAGCCGGCUUCCAUUGCAGUGGAUCCUCUUUCUGGGUUUCUGUAUUGGUCCGACUGGGGAGAGCCAGCAAAGAUUGAGAAGUCCGGCAUGAAUGGUGUGGACAGGCAGGUCCUGGUUGCGACUGACAUUCAGUGGCCCAAUGGGAUCACUUUGGAUCUGAUCAAGAGCAGGCUGUACUGGGUGGACUCUAAGUUGCACAUGCUCUGUAGUGUGGACCUGAACGGUGAUAACCGCCGGAAGGUUCUACAGUCUCAGGAUUACCUGGCCCAUCCCUUUGCCCUGACCGUCUUUGAGGAUCGAGUGUUCUGGACUGACGGGGAGAACGAGGCAAUCUACGGUGCAAACAAGUUCACCGGCACGGAUGUGAUUACGCUGGCCAGCAAUCUGAAUGAACCCCAGGACAUCAUUGUUUACCACGAGCUGAUUCAGCUGUCUGGGACAAACUGGUGUAAUGAGAAGGGAGACAAUGGAGGCUGUGCCUACCUGUGCCUGCCAGCCCCCCAGAUCAACAAGCACUCCCCCAAAUACACCUGUGUCUGCCCCCUGGGCCAGGACCUAGCUGCCGACGGUCACCGCUGCAAACCUGCAGAGUCUUCAGCAGCCCCAAAGGAUGAUGGGAAACCGAGAAUACGCCCCGCUCCUCCCCCAGCUAUGCCUUCAGAGUCCACAAAGAAUGAUGGGAAGGUGCAGACACGCCCCACUGAGCCUCCAGUGGGACCAUCUCUGCCCACAAUGCCUGAGACAGUCCAGACACCCCCUACUCGGCCUCCAGUGGCACAGUCUUUGACCCCAACAAACUAUGACUGGACAGUGCACACGCACCCUGCUCCAUUCCCAGUUGCACCUUCUCCUCCUGUAAACUAUGGCUGGAAGUAUGAGACCCACCCAGCUCCACCUACAGCUGCACCUUCCCCUCCUGUAAACUAUGGCUGGAAGUAUGAGACGCACCCAGCUCCACCUACAGCUGCCCCUCUGCCAACCAAGAACUAUGAUUGGAAGGUGCAGCCAUGCCCUACUCAGCCUCCAGCUGCACCUUCUCUUCCCCCAACAAACUAUCAUUGGAAGGUGCAAACCCGCCCUACUCAGCCUCCAGCCAUGCCUACAGAGCCCACAAGGCCUGGUGGGAAGGUGCAAACCCGCCCUGCUCAGCCUCCAGCUGUGCCUACUGAGUCCUCAAAGAAUGAAGAGAAGAUGCUUACGCGCCCUGCUCUGCCUCCAGCAGCAAAGAAACCAAAAGUGGUCCCCAAGCCAAACACUGCUGAGGGGAAUGUCAGCACCUCAAUCCAUGAGGUGAAUUCAUCUGCUAAAGGAUCUGCAGCUGCCUGGGCAAUUCUGCCAGUCUUGCUGCUGGCCAUGGCAGCUGCGGGUGGCUACCUCAUGUGGCGCAACUGGCAGCUGAAGAACAAGAAGAGCAUGAACUUUGACAACCCCGUGUACCUGAAGACCACCGAAGAAGACCUCAACAUCGACAUCAGCAGACACAGCUCUUCUGUCGGCCACACAUACCCAGCGAUAUCAGUUGUGAAUACAGAAGACGACUUGUCAUAACCCUGCCCUCAUCAAUACGUCAUCCGUUAACUCUCUACGGUAUCCGUGCCAACAACUGCUAUUGCGGUAGCGCUAAGACCAGAUGCCUUCUGAAGUGCAUUAAGUUGAUCUGUUUUCUGGGGGAUGUGUGGUGUGUGAUUGAUCAUACCGAGUAUACAAUAACGCACUGCAUCCUGGGAAGUCUGCUUUAAGCAUACCCAAAGCCACACGGGGGGGGGGGGCAGGCAGGGUCAGCUUUUACUACAUUUUUCUCCCCACCACCCCCUGAAAAGUCCCCACAAGCCUGGCGUGUUCAUGGAUAAUGAGCCAUGUCUGGUCUUGCGGCAGUCCUAGCAGACAGUCGGUCCAUUUGUGAAUAUUUUAGACAGUCAUGGCCAAAAAGAUUAAUCUUUUUUCCCCCCCUUAACAUGGCUUCCUGAAGCUCUGGUGUGUGUAUGCGCUGGGAAAAAUGACCUGUAUGGAAAGUGCUGUUACAUUUGUAAAACAAGAAAACAACAAAAAUGAAUUGUACAUAUCCCUCUGUAGAGAACAUGAUCAGGACUAUGAAGCACUUUGUUCAAAUGCUCUUCUGUAAAUAAGAUUGUAUACAUUUGACCGAAUCAAUUUUUUGCUAUGGUUGGGCAUAGUACCAGGGUAGAGGAAAAUGUAUUUAAAAACGGAAUAAUUUGUUAAAAUAUUUUGUAUGUUUGUGCCGUUCCUGUGACCUUUUAUAGCAUUGUACAGGGGGAACUACAGGCUCUGUACUGUGAAGAGUAAAAACAUUUGCAAUCACUUCAAAUAAAAUAAGACUUUAAAAAUUGA